AAUCGGCUUCAAAUUUACAUUUAUUUUAGCUACCAAUAUAGCAUUUGAAUUAAUUGAAAAUAAAACCUAUUGGCAGCUGAAAUUACUUAACCAAAACAAACACUUUAUCUCAUACACUCUGAUCUUCUUAAAUGCUUUAAUAACAGUAAACAGUCUGGUCAGUGCAAGUUCAGCAUCUACAUCCUCUUUUCAAGGGUGUAUGUUGGUUUCCUUCUAAUUAUUUUCUGCACAUCUGUGGUAGCACUUCCUCUCCAAUUCGUAGUUAAGUUUACCAUCUUACUGCAUAUGAGCGAAACAAGCACAGAAUGAGGACGGCGCAACUUUUACUCUUCUGUCUGCUGGUGUGUCAAACUACAGAGAGUUUAACUGAUAAACUGGUGAAUUUAGGGGAAAAUGUGACUUUAGACUGUCAGAUUGAUGUAAAAGAGAUUUAUUGGGUUUUCCAGAAACCGACAGACUCUCCGGUGAUAAUACUGCGAACUUUCUCAUCAUAUUUUACAACAUCUUAUGUUCAAGACCAAAGACUGAAAGACAAAUAUUCAUCACUAACUUUGAGCCGUUUAUUUAUUAUUAAUAUAACUGUUCAUGAAUUAGGAAUAUAUUAUUGUGUAAAACGAAACACAACUCUACAGAUCAGCAAUGGCACCAGACUUUACCUCAAUGACUGUCAGCAGGAACAAUCAUGUGAGAAAACACUGGAGUUGUACAGGAUUUUGACUGUUACAUCCAUCCUACUGAAUUCUGUGCUGAUUAUUGCAAUAAUAGGUAUGUUAAUGAUCAAACUUAAGAAGCCAAGAAAAAGUCGACGACAACCCCAGAAUGUCGAACCAGAGCAGAUCGAGGACUUAAACACUGCACAGUAUUCCGAAAUCGAGUUACCCACAUAUUCCAGAAGAAAAAAUCCCAUUCAGACAAACGACACUUAUGAACUUCUUCAGAAGCCAGAGCUGCAUCCUAGAUCAACACAUGCAGAAAUCAUCACAUCAUACAACAUAAAAAGUUGAUAAUGAGGCAGUCUGACACCUUCUGUGGGUGAAUCCUUUUCGGUAGGAUUAAGUUUUAUAAAUGUUUCUGUCACUGUUUGAAUGAAACCUUGUUAUUUGCUUAUUUAUAAAAUGCAUAAUUUGGAUGUGUUUUGCUACCAAAUACCUUAGACAUGUUAACAGAUCAGUCUUGAUUAAUGUGGUUCAAUGCAUUAACAUUAAAUUACAAUGGACAGUUUGUUUUCUCACAGCUGUGGGUUAGUUGGCUUGAACUCUGGUCUGGUUCAAGUUUUUGUACAAAGUCACACGUGGUGAAAAACAUCAGCGCAGGGGCCUCUAAUAUCUCAGUCUUCGCAUAUUUUUAAUUUUAUCACUAUAAAGUGUUUUUGCUGGUUUCCUAUUUUUUAUUCUGAUUUCUGCUCAGAUUGGUCUUAACUCUUUUACUGCACAUCAUUUAAACAAGCACAGAAUGAGAACGGAGCAGCUGCAAAAAAUCCUGAUUCAUAAUCACAACGUCAUUUAAUGAAAUCAAAUACACAUAAGAUAAAGAAAAUGGCUUUGCUGUGAUUUCGGCUGUAUUUGCAUGUAAAAAUAAAAGUUGGCAACACCGUGUCCACGCUCUUAUGUCAUCUCUCUCUGCUGGCCUGCUGCGUCACUUGGUUAGGAUACGGUGCGUUCAAAUACAAACAUAUAUUUAUUCAACAAAAGAGAAGUUAUUUCAAGUCAUUUAACUCAAUUUCGAGUCAAGUCUCAAGUCAUGAAUAUCAAGUCAAGUCAUUUGGUUCAACACUUUGGUUCUUUUUCAAAACUCCCCAAACACAAAAACCUACACAAACACAAUGAAGUGUAAAUUAUAAAGUCUAAUAGAAAUAUAUUCAGCUAAAUUUUGCUUGCUUG